AUGAUGACCAGCGAGAAUUAUACGACGCCGAAGAAAUAUAAGGUUGAAGGAACAACGGGCCGUUUAUACGACAAAGAGAAUAAUAUAAAAGACACUGCGGCUUAUAUGGAUGACAGCACUGCGAAUGCUUGCGAGACAACAGACAUUUCAAACACAGAAAAUGCGAGCGAGGGCUCUAGUUCGCGACGAGGCCGUCAACGGCGAAGCAGAGAUCAAAUUUCGGACGAAACCUCACGAAAUAGCGAGGAUAUGCAACUCGAAGGCGCUACGGCAGCGGCUGAAAAGCCAAAAAGCUUAAAGAAGGAAAAGCCUUCGGGUAAAAAACGGAAAGAGAGGAAGAACUUGCGAGAAAAACGCCGGUCGACGGGAGUCGUUAUUAUGCCUGGUUUAGGAGGCGUAAGUAACAUUGUUUGUCUAAGAUUUAUUUUGCUUUCGGAAAUUUAAAUACAUUUAUAUCAUGUCUAUGACUUAAAUUCAAGCCUUCAAACGUCAAUAUUCAAAUAUAGCAAUUCCCGAGCUUUAAUACAGCAUCAAUUAGGCAUAUUUAUAACAGCUACCAGUUUAAUAUUUGCGUACAAUAAAUUAUGUCGCUUCGGAUUCCCAAAUUUCAACACAAAAAAAACGUUGAUAAAAGCUUAACGUUUUUCGUAUUUUUGAGACGGUACAAUACGUAUAUUUGUCAACUCUACAAAAACGACAGUUUAAUAAUAUCAGGCUAUAUUUUUCGUGCAUUUAAUUUUGUGUUUAUUUGCAAAUACAUGUGGAAUUCUAGGCAUUAUUUUCUCGUUAAGUACAGUACCAUUUAAAAUACUUAAUCGCCAAAACCAAAUAAUAUCAAUACAAUUAAAAUACUAGAGAACAAUUUUCAAACGCUUAAAACUGCAAUUGGUCAUUAUAUAUUGUAGUCAAGUGUCAAUAUCGUUUGUUAUCAUAAAUUAAUACAUACCCUUUCGUUUAAUAUCGUUAUUUAGCUCGCCUAAAGCCGAAAAUUAUGCGACUUUAACUUAUAUAUUUAUCUUUUCUAAUAAGCUUAUAAUUUCCUGCUGAUAAAAUGUAUCAUCAAAUUAAAAUAUCGUCCACGAAAAUUGAAAAAUCUUGUUAGUUUCGGCUUUGUUUACUUUUGUUGAGCGAUUGGCAAAAUAUCAUGCAAAUGCUGCAUAAUUUAAUCCCGAAACUGUAAAAUAAUGUAAAUAUUAACAAACCCAAGUGCAAAUAUGUUAGUUGAUCGUUUAUUGAUGAAAAAUAAUGGGUUUUUUUCCAGUAAUAUAGCGUAGAUUUUUUAUAUUUGAGAAAAUUGUGACUUUUGUGUUAUAAAUUGUCACAUGUAAAGCGAUUAUGGAAUAAUUAUUGGAACGUUUUAGUGUAUGUUGUUAUGGCAACACUAGUUUUGCAACAUUUUUGAGCGAUUUAAAAUUCUACAAUUGAACAUAGAUAAUUAAAAUUAACAAUAUUUGUAAACAAUAGAAUUUUUUGUUUGUUUUUAUAAAUACCUACCUUAUUUCGUACUUAAUUUCUCCCGACUUGAAUUUAUACACUUGAAUUUAUACACUUAUACACAAUUUAUACAAUGUUAUUAAAUGUAAUACCCUAGUCAAGAAUUUGAUCAUAAAAUUAUUGAUAAAUAUGAUCAACAACUUGUACAAGCGUAUAUCGACAUAAAAUAACAAUUUUUUAAAUAACAGUUGUAUAGUGUUAAGCUGCAAUUUGCACUUUUUCUUGUAAUUACGAGUAAAAAUAUUGCGGACUGCCGAACAGUAGGCAUUUAGGCAGGCAGCCGUCCACGUUUAAAAUAAAACGACCACUUUUUAAUAGACGGCCAUGGACGCCCUAAGAAGCAAGCUUUGUGAUAUUUCUUGAAUACCUCAAAAAUUGUCAGCAGCUGUCGACUUUAUCUAUUGCAUUAUGAAAAGGCGCUGAAUUAUGAGCAUAUAGGCAUUACAAUUGAUUGAAAGCUCCAUGUUUUUUGACCACGUCCACAAAAAUAGGUUGCCACACCCACGGUCCUUUUUGGACAGUUUCGACACUCUGGCUAAAAGCCUGCCAAACAGAUGGUAUAUAUCUUACGCUGAGUUGUAGUUGUUUCGGAAAAUGUUGUUCCGAAAGCUUUCAUGAAAUUUAAAGGGGAAGUCAAGUCCGUUCUACGCAUCGGUUCUGCGCAUAACAAUAGAGGGCCCUCUGAGGUAAACAUUGCCCAAAUUUUGAAUGUUUCGAAUUUUUCUGAACACAAACUCUAUUUCAUAUUCAUGUAGAAGCAUAACGAACCAAAAUGGUGUUAGAUAUUCAGACAGUACAUCAUAUUUUAAAAAAUACAGCAGUUCAAAAUGUAAACAAACCGUUUGUUUACAUUACGGACUUGACUUCCCCUUUAAUACCAUUUAAUUACUUUUUUUCCCUAUCAAAAUCGCAAAAAUAAAGUCUCGCGAAAUUAAGUAUGUGCAAAAUUAAGUUACGAAUAAGGUAUGUUAAUAUUAAUAAUUUAUGUAGAGGUGCAGCUAAAAACAUGUUAUACAUAAUGUUAAUUAAAGUUACAAUCAGAUAUGUCAGUCCAAUUUUCCCAUACAUGCGUCGCAGAACUCCUGAAACUCCAGAGUGGCAGAAUUUGCGAGUUGUAUUUUACAAAGUUGUGAGAUUUUGUUAAAAGCCGUGAGAUUUUUGAGAUUUCUCUCGUUUUCUUAUUAUUAAGGAUAAUGAAUGUAUAAAUAAGCCAGUUAUUUAUUUUAAUAGCUUGAAUUUUUAAAAUAUGAAUGCCUCUACUUAAACACACUUGUCAUAAUGUAACAGUGUUUAAUAUUGCAAAUCUUGGAACAAAAUUCGGUGUCAUGAUUUCAACGGAAACUGAGCAUGGAUGUUUGUAUAGAAUAAGGGUUGUAUUACAUAUUAUAACUUAUAAGCCUUGAUAAAUACACUUUCUUGACCCAUUGUACGUGUCUCAUUGUGCCCUCAUGCACCCUACUUUAUUGUUUUACUCUGUCUAAUGCCAGACGAUUUUACUCCUCAAGGGUAGAGCUCUGGUGGUUAAUUAAUGGGUUAAACAGAUUUCCUCAAAAAUUGUGACUUUUUUGUGAGAUUUAAAGACUUUGUCGUGAGACUGUGAGAAUGCAUCCAAAAUUGCCAGUCUCACGACAAAAUCGUGAGAGUUGGCAGAUGUGAUGUUGAGAUAUGGAGCAUUAAUGUCUAGCCUGGAAGCCCUCGAGGCACCCAGGAAGUGAUAUUGUGUAAACUUAAUAAAGGAUACAUUGUCCAUAAAAGGAUUGACUUUUGACUUUCAUAAAUGCCUUUCUGAGAAAAAAAUUAUAACGAAAGACUGUCGCUCUUUUUGAAAGACUCCAUUUGCAAUAUCCAUAGAUUAUCAAAUCUUUGGUUGCAUAGGGGCAUAUGAUAAUUUAUGUCUGUACGCUAUAUCUUGCCACCAGCUAAAUGUUUUGACCUGUUCAUAAAAUGUCUAAACUAACUUUUCCUGCUACAAUUACCGAAGUUCAUAUCAUCAUAUUGGCUAAAUUGAUCUGAAAUUGGCAUAAUUAUGUAACCUAGCUUAUUAAAUACAUGCUUUAUAGUAUGCUCUUUGAAACAAUUAAUGCAAAUGAUUUCCUAAUGGUAAUAUCACAGAUUCCUACGCCCGUCACAUUGUAAGAUCUCUUUGUGUGCGUUGCGAUGUGUUGCAUAUUAUAGAUCUCAAAAACUUACAGAACCCUUUCAUCCUAUUAAAGAGUCUUAAAACUGAUAGUCUUUUGAAGCCUUAUACUGAGAUAGUUUUAUUUUGUCUAAUGACUAAUGUCAGUCAUUUUAACCAGGGGUGGGGGGAUCUAGCCUCAUCUGCAAGGAGGGGUGCAGGUUUUCCAUGGGGUGGUGCAUGAGGGAGCCUUACUGCCCACUCUCCUCUGCAGUCUGCAACGCUACUAUCCCAACAUUACCAUUAUUUGAGAUGACCGAAUCUGCAUGUUCGCCGUUCUGUUACGUUUUACAUUAUUUUUUGUUUAUAAAGUUUAUAUCGGCUUUUUAUCACGUAUGCGUGACUGGACAGUUGCUGUAGCACAGUACAGUAUAAACUUGUUAAAGUAGAGUAUAUUUGAAAAUAUGGUUUUAUAACAACCUCGACAUGUUUACAUAUUUAAUUAAUCAUGAUAUUUAACUAAAGCACUCUGAGUAUUUUAUUGUGAGCUCACAAAUAAAUUAAAUCGUUUCAAGAAAGUGACACACGCUAACAGUAGAAGUUCCGCUGAUCGCUGUUCGAAAAGCAGAAAAUGUAUGGUUAAGCAGAUUUUUAGGGUGUUGUGCACCCGAACCCCCCGCUCCUCCCCCCUGCACCUCACAGUAGAUGACCGCCCCUGGCUCGAAGCCAAUAAGGAAUGUCUGCUAUUAGGACCUUUACUCAUAGAAACUGUAAGACACCUCUUUGUUAAUGUUAUGGAUAGUUUUCAGUUCAAAUGACUGUAGUUCAGAAUUUCGGACUAAAAGCAUUCUGAGUAUUUUCUCGUGAGCUCGCAAAUCAAUUAACUCGUUUCAAGAGAUUGACACGUGUUAACAAUAGAAUUUCCGCUAAUCGCUAUUCAAAAAGCAGAAAGUAUAUGGUAAAGCAUACCCUGUUUUAGGGUGGUGCUGGACUUCUUUCGGGAGUGCUAGACAGAUUUACCCCCACGGUAGUAUGCAAUUUUAAUGGGUUAAAUAAACCAUAUUUUAUAAAAACGACAAAAAUUUUUUGUGUAAUUUAGAAUGAUGAGCAAGCUGACGAAGGAAAACAAACGAUGGACAACACGAAGAUGAACGAAAGUAUCGGAACGGAGGACUCACCCAACCCUAGUGAGGUACUGCUCCAGUCAUGA